GCGCGGGCGCGGCAACCUUGCGGCGGAGAAGCUCGCGCGCUCCUCCUCCUCCCAUGGCCACCGCCACCGCCUCCCGCCUCGCCGUGCCGGCGCCGCGGACGUCGCCGCACGCGCCGGGGCGCCGUAGGCCUGCCGCUCCUCUCCCCUCCGCCCCGCCCCGCCCGCGCGCCCUCUCCGCGGCCCCCCGCGGCCGCGUCGUCUGCCCCGCCGCCCCCGCCUCCUCGCCGGCGUCCACCACCGACGCCGGCCAGGACCGCCUCCAGAAGGUUCCCGUUUCGAACAUCAGGAACUUCAGCAUUAUUGCGCAUAUCGACCAUGGGAAAUCGACGCUGGCGGAUAAACUGCUUGAGCUCACGGGGACGGUGCAGAAAAGGGAGAUGAAACAGCAAUUCCUGGAUAACAUGGACCUGGAAAGGGAGAGAGGGAUCACCAUCAAAUUGCAGGCAGCUCGGAUGCGCUACAUCAUGAACGAUGAGCCCUACUGCCUGAAUUUGAUUGAUACACCAGGCCAUGUUGAUUUCUCAUAUGAGGUUUCCCGUUCUCUUGCUGCUUGCGAGGGUGCACUUCUGGUCGUUGAUGCUUCUCAGGGUGUUGAAGCCCAGACAUUAGCGAAUGUGUAUCUUGCACUGGAAAAUGACCUUGAAAUCAUACCGGUACUAAACAAAAUAGAUCUUCCUGGUGCCGAACCUGAUCGUGUUGCGCAGGAGAUUGAAGAGAUAAUUGGAAUGGACUGCAGUAAUGCAAUUCGUUGCUCAGCAAAGGAGGGCAUAGGCAUAACUGAGAUACUAGAUGCCAUUGUGACUAAGAUACCCCCACCACAGAAUACUGCAAUAAGUCCUCUCAGGGCUCUUAUAUUUGACAGUUAUUAUGAUCCAUACAGAGGUGUAAUUGUAUAUUUUCGAGUUGUUGAUGGCAGUAUAAAGAAAGGGGACAAAAUAUGUUUUAUGGCUAGCGGAAAGGAAUAUGUUGCAGAUGAAAUUGGAGUAUUAUCUCCCAAUCAGAUGCAAGUUAGUGAACUUUACGCUGGCGAGGUCGGUUAUCUUUCUGCGUCCAUAAGAUCAGUUGCAGAUGCCAGGGUUGGUGAUACAAUUACUCAUUCUUCAAAAAGAGCAGAAUGUGCUUUACCAGGAUAUUCCCAAGCUACCCCAAUGGUUUUUUGUGGCUUGUUUCCUAUAGAUGCGGAUCAGUUUGAGGAGUUACGUGAAGCAUUGGAAAAGCUUCAACUAAAUGAUGCUGCUUUAAAGUUUGAACCAGAAUCUUCAAGUGCCAUGGGUUUUGGCUUCAGAUGUGGAUUUCUCGGUCUUCUUCAUAUGGAGAUUGUGCAGGAAAGGCUCGAGAGAGAGUAUAACUUGAACUUAAUAAUUACUGCACCCAGUGUAGUUUACCAUGUCAACCUAGCCGAUGGCGAAACUGUUGAAUGUUCGAAUCCAUCCUUGCUUCCAGAACCUGGUAAACGGAGAUCCAUCGAAGAGCCAUAUGUCAAGAUUGACAUGCUUACACCAAAAGAGUAUAUUGGCCCAAUAAUGGAACUGGGUCAAGAGAGAAGAGGUGAAUUCAAGGAAAUGAACUUCAUCACAGAAAAUAGGGCAUCAGUUGUUUAUGAGCUACCGCUAGCAGAGAUGGUUGGUGAUUUUUUCGAUCAACUGAAAUCUCGAAGUAAAGGAUAUGCUAGCAUGGAAUAUUCACUUAUCGGGUACAGGGAAAGUAACCUAGUAAAGCUGGAUAUACAGAUCAAUGGUGAUCCUGUGGAGGCACUGUCAACAAUUGUUCAUAGAGAUAAGGCAUACUCUGUCGGGAGGGCGCUAACUCAAAAGCUAAAAGAGCUUAUACCUCGGCAAAUGUUUAGAGUACCUAUUCAAGCAUGUAUAGGUGCAAAGGUCAUUGCAAGUGAAGCACUAUCAGCCAUCAGGAAGGAUGUCUUGUCAAAAUGCUAUGGGGGUGAUAUAUCGAGGAAAAAGAAAUUGCUGAAGAAACAGGCUGAGGGAAAGAAGAGAAUGAAAGCAAUAGGAAGGGUUGAUGUUCCUCAAGAGGCAUUUAUGGCUGUGUUGAAACUAGAAAAGGAGGUGCUAUGAAACAGCUUUGCAAUCAGCACAAGUCUAUCGUUUGUGUAAAGACCUCUGUUUGGCCUCAACUGAAUCUAAUUCAUUUGAGAGGAAGCAUAGUUUGUUUUCAGCUGGGCCAGAGGAACCAAUUGACAACAUAUCCAUGUCGGAAAGUAAGGAGCUAAUCUGACAUGCACUAAUUUUGUUCCAUAUGUCAGGCUACGAAGCCCCAAAAAUGAUGUGGUCACACAGCUCUGCCAGACAUUUCUGCGAUCUUCUUAUACCAAAUAGAGUAGUACGCAUUUUGUUUGGUUAUCGUUAAUUCCCGUCACUGAGUUUGUAUCAGAAAAGGUUAUUCUGUAAUUUAAUUACUUGUAAUGCUAAGUACUCUUAAAUUGUAUGUGAUAUGGACAAGGAACAAGAGUGUAGUACACAAGAGAAAAGAAAUGGUCAGCUUAAUCAGAAAAAGGUAUUGUAAAAUGGAAUAAAAUUAAGGUCAAGUUACUGAAUA